AUGUGUCCUGGCACGCACACGUAUGACCCCAUGUGUCCCUGCAGGCACACAUAUGACGCCGUAUGUCCCGACACGCACACGUAUGAUGCUGUAUGUCCCGACACGCACACGUAUGACGCCGUAUGUCCCGACACGCACAUGUAUGAUGCCAUAUGUCCUGACACGCACACGUAUGAUGCCGUAUGUCACGGCACGCACAUGUAUGAUGCCAUAUGUCCUGACACGCACACGUAUGAUGCCGUAUGUCACGGCAUGCACAUGUAUGACGCCAUAUGUCGCAGCACGCACACGUAUGACGCUGUGUGUCCUGACACGCACAUGUAUGACGCC